AUGGCCAAGUCCCAGCGGCUGCUGUGGCUACUACUGCUGUCCACGCUGUGCGGCGCAGGCGCCGCUGACUGGACCGCCUUGUCCCUGGAUUGUGCCCGAGGCCCCGAGUUCUGGUGCCAAAGCCUGGAGCAAGCACUGCAGUGCAGAGCCCUGGGGCACUGCCUACAGGAAGUCUGGGGCCAUGCAAGAGCUGAUGACCUGUGCCAGGAAUGUGAGGCCAUCGUCCGCAUCCUCACCAAGAUGACCAAGGAGGCCAUUUUCCAGGACACGAUGCGGAAGUUCCUGGAGCAAGAGUGUGACCGUCUGCCCUUGAAGCUUCUCGUGCCCCAGUGCAGUCACCUGCUCGACACCUACUUCCCAGUGGUCAUUGACUACUUCCAGAGCCAGAUUAACCCGAAGGUCAUCUGCAAGCACCUGGGCCUGUGCAAACCUGGGCAUCCGGAGCCAGGGCAGGAGUCAGGGCUGUCAGACCUGCUGCUGGAGAAGCUGAUCCUCCCCCGGCUGCCGGGAGCCCUCCAGGUGAAGGCUGGGCCUCACACCCAGGAUCUCUCCAAGAGGCAGCUCCCCAUCCCCCUCCCCUACUGCUGGCUCUGCAAGACUCUGAUCAAGCGGAUCCAAGUUGUGAUGCCCAAGGGUGUGCUGGCCAAGGCUAUGGGCCAGGUGUGCCAUGCCGUACCCCUGGUGGUGGGUGGCAUCUGCCAGUGCCUGGCCGAGCGCUACACUGUCCUGCUGCUAGAUGCGCUGCUGAGCCGCGUGCUGCCCCAGAUGGUGUGCGGCCUGGUCCUCCGGUGCUCCGAGGACGGCGCUGGCCCCGUCCUCACAGCUCCGGAGUCCCUGCCCGGAGAAUGGUUACCUCAAGAGUCCGAGUGCCACGUCUGCAUGUUCGUGACCACACAGGCCAGGAACAGCAGCGAGCAGGCCAUGCCGCAGGCAAUACGCCAGGCAUGCCUCAGCUCCUGGUGGGACAGGCAAAAGUGCGAGCAGUUUGUGGAGCAGCACACACCCCAGCUGCACACCCUCAUGGCCAGGGGCCAGGAUGCCCACGCCACCUGCCAGGCCCUGGGCACGUGUAAGACCACGUUCAGUCCUCUCCAGUGUAUCUACAUUCCUCACUUCUGA